AUGCCAGAAGCAGAGUGGAACGAUGAACGCACUAGAAUUAUCUGUGAACUUUUUGUCGAACAAGUUCAUGCUGGGAACAGGCCAAACACCCAUCUGAACAACAUUGGUUACCGUAUAGCUGCCGCCAAGUUUCAGGAGAGGACACAGCUUCUCUAUACAAAGCUGCAGCUUAAGAACAAAUGGGACAAGUUUAAGAGUGAUUACAUCACUUGGAAGAAGCUGCUUGUAGUGGGGGCGGGUUUACCCUGGGACGCGGCAAGGGGAACAUUUGUUGCUGACGACGAAUGGUGGAAGAAGACAAAUAAGGAGCUGCCUGGUGCAAGGCGAUACCGCAAUCUUGGUCUGCAACAUGAGGAUAAGAUGAAAAUAAUGUUUGACUACAUCACCAGUAAUGGCGUGGAUCCUUCACCACCUGCUCCAGAAAGCCCGAAGAAUGGUUUUGAUCAUUCACCACCUGCUGCAAGUGGUUUGCCAUCUGCUGCUGACAGCCUCAUGAAUGGAGUGGAUAAUUUGCUUCUGACCGCAAACAGUUUGCCAUCUGCUCCAGACAGCCCAAUGAAUGGAGUGGAUCAUUCGCCGCAGGCUACACAUGGUCUCCCAUGCGCUGCCAUGAAUGGUGUGCACCUGGAUGGAUCAGACAACAAUGCUGAAGCUAAUGAUGACGCUCAUCGAGAACCCGUGUUUCAGUAUACCUCAAACAGGAGGAAGAGACCUAUUCAUGUGAUUGCGACGAAGAAGAACAAGAAAAGUAAGGCUGAAACUGCUCUGCUCAUGCAGUCUCACUUGAGUCGCAUAGCGGAGUUGGCUCAAAAAGCACAGGACACUUUCGAGAUGUUCAGCUCCCAGGCUGACACACAGCCAUGGCCUAGCAUCCAGUAUGUCAUGACAUUGGUUCGUGAAUGUGGAGCACGGUCCGGAAGCAACGAACAUUUCAUUGCGACUGAGCUGUUCGUCAGCAGAGAACAGAGGGAGAUGUUCCUGACCAUGGAAACGGCCGAAGAACGGUUCCAGUGGCUUCGAAGAAAGUAUAGUCAAGUAUCUAUCAAAUACAAGUUUGGGUCCUAGAUAAAUGACCCUAGACCUUUAUUUUAGGUUCUGUGGUAGAUGUUUUUUUUUGACAUGACUCAUUUUUUUAUCGUAUCCUGACUAGUGUGCAUUAUACCCUGACAAGUAUGGUUGUAAAGUCUCAUCUAAGAAUGCGUAGCUGAAUUAUGGUCUCACUUGUUUUCUGUAUAGCAUUAUCUUUUAUGAUAUUAUGUUAACAUAAAUUACAUAUGUACAUUCAAGUUGUGAGUUU